GCCGAUGAUUCGCUGGUUCCCAGUGAAGGAGCCGAGCCAAUAGCAUGUCUGUGUUCCGCACGGGAGUCCUUAUUCUCACGUCCCCGCUGUCUGCCCUGUCAGUCAGGCUCGCGCCCAUUUUAGCCUCGGCCUCGAAGAUCGUGCAGGAAACGCUGUAUGUUCAUUUGCAGCCCGGGCUCCUCCUGACCGGCCCGUCCCAGCCCUCUUCCACCUACAUCCCCGCCACGUCCGACUUGUGCAACCUCAUCUCCCGACUGUACUCGGACGCCGACCGACACUCGCACCUCGAUGUCCGCCUCCUCCUCACAAACGUCAGGAAUCAGCAGCCGCCGCAGUCUCCAGAGCAGCAGCAAGUGGUGUCCGUGCAGAACCUGUCGCAUCCGCCGGAAGUGGUUCUGACAGACUUUCAGAGCAGUGACGGGGGUCAGUACAACCCGGUGAAGCAGCAACUCGAGCGCUAUGCGACCAACUGCUACAGCUGCCAGCCCGACCUGGUCUCCGUGCUCCUCUAUCCGGACUAUGGGCCCGCCCCUCCAUCCGAAGCCUCCCUGACUCACUCGCCCCUACAAACUCACUCUCAUGUGGUGGUCGGGGGGACGUUUGAUCGGCUGCACAAUGCUCACAAGAUCCUGCUCAGUGUCUGCUGCUUGCUCGCCGACACUCGCCUUCUCAUUGGACUGGCACAUAAACAACUGCUCGACAACAAGACCCUGAAGGAACUGAUUGAGCCGUACGAGCAGCGAGUGGAGAAACUGUCGCAGUUUCUGGUCGACGUUAAGCCUUCGCUCCUGUACGACAUUGUGCCCAUCUCUGAUCCUUAUGGUCCCUCCAUCACCGACCCUGAUCUGAAAUGCAUUGUGGUUAGUGAGGAAACCCAAAAGGGGGGACUAUCGGUCAACAGGAAACGUCAAGAAAAUGAACUUUGUGAAUUAGCUAUUCAUGAGAUUAAACUAGUAAAAGAUGCCAGACAUGCUGAAAAUGAGGAGGAAAAAAUCAGUUCAUCUAGUUUUCGCAAUAGAUUGCUGGGAACACUUCUCAGGCCUCUCAAGGUGAACUCAAGCAUCCCAGCAAGACCAUACGUAAUUGGUCUGACAGGAGGAAGUGGCAGUGGUAAGUCGUCCAUUGCAAAGCGUCUAGAGGACCUGGGAGCUGCGGUGAUAGACUGUGAUACACUGGGGCACCAGUGUUAUAAGCCAGGAGGACCUGCAUAUGAGCAAGUGAUCAAUGAGUUUGGUUCAGAUAUCCUCUGCACAGAUGGAACAAUUGACAGAAAAGCUAUGGGGAGCAAAGUCUUUGCAGACAAGGACCAAUUAAAGAAGCUGACUGACAUAGUGUGGCCUGCUAUAGCCAUGCUUGCUAAGAAAGCUAUGGAAGAAGCUGCCUCCAAAGGUAUUUCCGUGUGCGUACUUGAUGCGGCUGUUCUCCUGGAAGCUGGGUGGAACAAUAUGGUCCAUGAGGUGUGGACAGUAAUCAUUCCUGAAAAAGAGGCUGUAAUGCGUGUAAUGAACAGAGAUGGGAUCAGUGAAGAACAUGCUAAAAAGAGACUAUCCAACCAGAUGUCCAACAGUCAAAGGGUGCAACUGUCAGAUGUGAUUCUUUGCACAGUUUGGGAGCCAGAAGUGACACAAAAGCAGAUCCAGAAGGCCUGGGACCUCCUGCAGCAACGCAUUAAUCAGGAGUCGGAUCAUCCCAACAAGAGUCCUGUUUUUAAAUCCAGAUUUUAAUGUUGUAACUUGUUGUGAGUAGCCAUGCAUUACCUUUUGGGCCCCCCUGCUGUAGAAGCUGUCAGUCUGUUUGGUGGCUUCUAACAGAAGAACUGAGAUUUUGCACUGGAUAGGGGUAAAGAAAAACACUAAUGGGCCCUACAAUGGUUUUAGUUUUACAAUGCAGUUUGUGUUGCGGAGUAGUGUGUCAAGGGAAAUUAAGAUAUACAUUUCCUUUAUAUGAAAGCUCCCAUGGUAAAUAUAUUAAAUUAUUAAAACAAAUAUUUUAACAAAAAGAUGGAAAAUAGCAAUGUAUUUGAAUAGAUAUACCUGUAGCUUAUUUACUGAGUCUGACAAGUUAAAAAUGAAUUGAAGCUAAUGCUGCACCAGACUCGUGGCUGGCAGAUAAGCUGCAGGGUUCCAAAUGACACAUGGGGGCUUCUGGGGGUGUCUGGGAGUGCCGCAGUUUUAAGUUCUUUACCACUGUUUAAGGCUCAGAGUCCCCCAUCUGCCAUUACUUCUAAACACGCUCACAUUUCAAUAAUACUGCAUUCUGCAGAUAGUUCUUGGUACUAUAGAUUUCUUUUCUAUUUAAGAGAAAUAACUUCAGUGGCUCUUUUUUUGGACAAAUCCAAAGCUCACGCACUUUAAAUAAAUGUUCUUAUCUCUAAAAAUUA